AUGCGGUUUUUUCAGACUCCGAACAGCCGAACAAAUGCCGUGGUGUCUGUCGGUGGUAAAAACGGCGGCGGCGGCGGCGGCGAUAGCCGCUUUUUGCCCACUCAACUGACCCUCAGUGCUGCCCGUGGACCUCCAACUACCGGCAAAACCAUCUUUCUCUCAUUCCCACCCUACCCCUGCACCCCUCUGGUCUCUACCAACUGCCAUUAUCUCCAGAUUGGAAGCGUUUUCGAGGCUCCUUAA